AAAAAAAAAAAAAAGCCUCCAAAUGGGUCAAUAAGCCUAUUCUUUUGUUAAUUGUUAUUAAAGGUGCAUGCUUGAUUCAAUUGCAACAAAGACUCCCAGAUUUCACUUCACAAAUCAAAACACAAAACAAACUCAGUUUUCCUGUCUUGUCUACCAUUACACACUUAUAAUCACCAUCUUCUAUUUAGACCAAACACAACAAACUAUAAACCAAACCAAACCAAACUAAAACUGUGUCUCUGUCUCUGUCUCUCUGUGCGUGUGUUCCUGAGCUAGGAAGAAGAUGAUGAUGUUGUUGGACUUGGAAGCAGAAGCGCAAACCAGAGAUUGUUUUCAUGGGAACUUGUUGCUAAUCCUCGAUAUUGUUCUGGCUUCCAUCAAUGGCAUUCUUGCUACUAUUGCAUUUUCUCAGCUCAUCAGAAUUCAUUUGCGGAGUCAACAAAAUGGAUGGACACGUCAAAAAGUACUCCAUCUCAUGAUCGGCUCUUCCAACUUGGGUUAUUUUGUAUACUUUAUAUCUGCACUUGUUGCUACCAGCGAAGGGUGGAUUUGCUGGUCUAAUGUGUGCGGGUUUUUGCUCUUGGCUUUUCCCAAAAUUCUAUUUCUUGCAACAUUUCUCCUCGUCCUAUCCUUCUGGGUUGACCUCUGCCAUCAGGCAAAUGAUGAAGAGGAUGAUGAUGAUGAGACUAGCAUUCAGCAGACCUUGUUAGAAAAGUUGAGUAAACCUAGAUCAUCAAACACAGAUAGUCAUUGGAGAUGUUGCUCAUUUCAUGGCAUUCAUAUUGGAACCAGGCAAAAAUUUGUGAUCACGGUUGUUGUGCUUGUUUUUGUCUUAAUGAUGACAUUUGCUGUCAUAAUCUGGAUUGGUGCGGGAAAGAAUCCUAUUGACUCCUCUGUGGUUGCUCGGGUAUUUGAGGAUUUUCUUGCUGUAACUUCCCUAUCUCUGGGAGGAGCAUUAGGUUGUUAUGGUCUUAUGCUAUUCCUUAAAUUGAAGAAAGUACGGUCUGAGAAAGGUUCGUCAGAGGUGUGGAAGGUUGCUGGUUUAGCAAUUGUCUCUGUUGUAUGCUUUACAUCAAGUGCGUCAGUUGCUCUUCUGACAGAUAUUCCUCUUUUUUACCACUGGCAUCUGAAGAAAAUAAAUAGAGUAAAAGAAGUUGUUCUUCUGAUUCUAUACUACUUUAUAGGUUGUUCGGUGCCUUCAGCUGUUGUAUUAUGGAAUAUGAGAGAACUGCCACCACCAAUCAAAAUUCAUAAACAAGAACAAUCAAGAGCAAUCGCUUUUAUCAGCCAUGGAGCAGUGGCCACUCAUCCUCCUCAGCGUUGGACCAAUGCAACGAGUUCAAAAAAUCAGGCAUCAAGAGCAAGUCCCAUAUAAGGAAAUCUAAUGGAGUUGGAAAACAUUGUGCCAUGCUUUUGCCAGGCCUAGAAAAGAAAUGUUGGACACACAAACCUAGUGUUCAAAAUGAGUUGGAACUUCGACGGUGCGUUCCAAAUAUCUAAAGAAGCUGGUGGCUCAAUGUUCUUUACAAGCAGUGAAACACAAUCCUAUGUUUUUUCCAGCUUCAGUUCAUGUACAUAGUUGCUAGUGCAGGUUGAUGUAGGGGAAAAAGAAGUCCACUUUUCCCAAUGGAAGCUCUAGAUUUUACCCAUCAUGUUGUAGAUCAUCCUCUGAUAAUGGUUGGAUACAUCCACUUUAUGUAUGGAUACAACACAAAGUAAAUGUUUUGUAUAACAUGAUAGUGAAGGAAAUAGAAGGUAAAUUGGUAUUGUAUAGAAGCCGGAAACAAAUAAGACUUGCAAACUUCUUGUGAUGUAUCCUUCUCUAUCAGUUUAUUGACAUUGCAAGAAAUCUCUCUCUCUCUCAUACAUCAAGGGUGGGAAUACUUUGUCCAAGCUAAUUGUUGAACUCUAUUUGACCCAAAAUUUUCAUACAAAUUUAAGUUUCUGUUGGUUACAGA